AUGUCAAAAAAAUCAGGAGCAGAGCUAAGAAAGAUACGCAAAAGAAAAGAAGAAGAAAAAAUAGAGUUAGCAAAAAAUUGGAAGCAAUGCUUAGCCCGAAUUGCAAAAGUAACAGAAUCAAAUACAAGUGGAAUAUCAGAAGACGAAAAAAAAGAUAAUGUUCCUGUAAUUACGUCUAGUUCAAGCGAUGUUCAUGAAUCUAGUUCGAGAGAAAUAUCAAAAGAUGAAAAAAACAAAGUAUCCAAUAUUAUUGCCAGUACUUCUACAGAAGAACAAUGUAAUCCAGAGGAAGAACAAAAAUUUAAAAAUAUAAAUUAUAGUGAUCCCGCUACUUGGCAAAGAAUGAACAUUUAUAAUGAACAUUUUAUUUGUGCCUUGGUAGCUCAUGGUCCAGUUCAUGAUACGGAAGCAGAUUUUUCCCACUCAGCAAGUAACGACGGGCGUCAUUUUUCUGCAGCAUGGUUUUUCAAAUGUAUGCCAAAUGGUGAAAAAGUAAAGAGGGACUGGCUCUUGUAUAGUAGAUCGAAAGGAGCAGUAUUUUGUUUCCCUUGUUUACUAUUUAGCAAAAACAGCAUGAAUUCUCCAAAAAUUGCAAAUAUUGAUAGCGGUUUUUCCAACUGGAGAAAAAUGAAUCCUCAAAUUCCUGAUCACGAAAACAGCGUAGAACAUAAAAAUGCAUUUAUUAAAUGGAAGGAAUUAGAACAAUGCCUAAAACUUGGACACACUAUUAAUUCUGAUAUAGAAAAAAAUAUUCUAAUGGAAAAAAAUAAGUGGAAGCGGAUUUUAACUGCGAUAAUUGAUUCCAUAUUGCACUGUGCAGAGAAUAAUCUAGCCUUAAGAGGUACAUCAGACAAUAUCGAUGAUCGUCAAUCAGGAAUGUUUCUUAAAAAUAUCAGACUUAUUGCAAAAUAUGAUAAAGAAAUUGCGCGACAUGUAGAUUCAAUUAGGAAUAAUCCAAAUCGAACCGUAUCAUAUUUUUCUAAAACAAUUCAAAAUGAAAUUAUACAUCUUAUGGGCAAACAGAUAAAAAAUAAAAUUUUUGAUGAUAUUAGAGAAGCAACCUACUUUGCGAUUUCAUUCGACUGCACUCCUGAUAUUUCUCACAAGGAACAAAUGGUACAGAUUAUUAGGUAUGUUAAGCUCACAGAUGAUGGGCAAUAUAAAGUUGAGGAAAGAUUUAUUGAUUUUAUUGAAUCAAAAAGCAAAACUGGUGAGGCAUUAGCUAAUCAAAUUAUUAACAAGAUUCAAACAGAUGGACUAAAUAUAGAAAACUGCAGAGCUCAAUGCUACGAUAACGGGUCAAACAUGGCCGGUUAUCCUAAUAUGCAAGUUGCUUAUCGAAUAUAUUUAACAAUACCUGUGACAUCCGCUAGUGCUGAAAGAUCGUUCAGCAAACUUAAAAUAAUUAAGAACUAUUUGAGAUCAACUAUGAAUCAAGAUAGGAUAAGUAAUCUUAGUUUGUUAUCUAUUGAAUGGGAUUUGGCGAAGUCAUUAGAUUAUAGUGACUUAAUAGAAGAUUUUUCUACUUUAAAAGCUCGUAAACAAAAUCGACCAGCUACGUCGAAUAUCGCGGAGGAGUACAAAAAGGUAGUGCUAAAAGUUGUCGAGGAUGACGAGAUUGACGAUAACGCUGAUAGCAGCAGCACAACGGUAUCAGAGACGGAAGCAGCUUGCAACAAAGGGGCAUCUGGAGGUGUCGAUUCGUUUUUGAAUCUUGUUACAAAAAAUUCGGGCAUGGAGCAGUAUAGUGCAAAAGUGGAAGAAGGUCUCUAUUACACCGCUCGUUCAUUAGGAGAAACUGGGGAAUGA